AUGAGCAAUAGGAGGUCAAGCGCCCCCGACGAGGGCUUCCAAGAGACGAAAGACCUCGAAGCAGCCAAACCCACAACCCUAACUGAGCCCUCUCUCGAUUCCGAUACCAACAUAAACCCAGAUCUCGUCACAUGGAGCGGACCAGAUGAUCGAGCAAACCCAAAGAACUGGUCUAAGAGUUUAAAGUGGAAGAAUACUUGUGCUAUCUCCCUCUUCGUCUUCAUCUCGCCAGUCUCAUCAUCCAUGAUUGCCCCGGCCAUGCAAGAUCUAGGCAAGGCCCUAGGGAUGCACUCCGACCUCGAAAUAUACCUAUCCAUGGGCAUCUUCAUCCUAGCCUACUCCAUUGGCCCCACCUUCUUCGGUCCAGCUUCGGAGCUCUACGGCCGUGUGCGUCUGCUCCAAGUUAGCAACGUGUGGUACAUAGCUUGGAAUCUGGGAUGCGGUUUCGCCCAGACAAAGUCCCAACUCUUUGCUUUCCGCUUUCUUGCCGGCAUUGGUGGCAGUGCGCCGCUCGCAAUUGGAGGAGGUGCCAUUAGCGAUAUGUGGAGCGCCGAAGAACGUGGCAAGGCCAUGGGCAUCUACACUCUUGGGCCACUUCUCGGACCUGUCAUUGGACCAAUUGCAGGUGGCUUUAUCGCCCAGUACUCGACAUGGCGCUGGGUCUUCUGGGCAACCUCUGCCGCCGCCGUCAUGGUCCAGGUUGCCGGGUUCAUCUGGCUGCGUGAGUGUCAUCCGGCUACGCUCCUACGCAAACGAUGCGACAUUCUCAUCCAGAAGACGGGAAACAGCAAUAUGCAUACCGACGAGAAGGUAGAGACGCUUGUCUACAAGCUUCUACAUGCCUUCGAGCGACCGGUACUUCUGUUUACAACACAGCCCAUCGUCUUCUGCAUGGCCAUCUACAUGGCCUAUCUCUUCGGCGUAACAUACCUCAUGCUUGCGACGUUCCCGGAUAUCUGGACAGAGGUAUACCACGAGAGUCCCAGCAUCGGCGGACUAAACUACAUAUCCAUCGCCAUUGGGUCAUUUGCCGGCCUCUUCUUCAACCUCAAGCUAGUCGACCGAAUAUAUAAGACCCUCAAGGCGCGAAACAACAACAUCGGCAAGCCCGAGUACCGCAUGCCGUCGUUGGCCGUCGGCUCUGUUAUUAGCACCAUCGGCCUCUUCUGGUAUGGCUGGAGUAUCGGGAAUACGCACUGGAUCAUGCCCAAUAUCGGGGCGCUGAUCUUCACCGCAGGCACGAUCUCCUGUCUGCAGGGCAUGCAGAUGUAUAUUGUCGACAGCUAUGAAACCUACGCGGCUAGUGCUAUGGCGGCCUGUGCUAUCCUGCGCAGUCUGUGUGGCUUUGGGUUCCCACUCUUCGCUCCGUAUAUGUAUUCGUCUCUCGGCUAUGGCUGGGGCACGAGUGUGCUGGCUUUCAUUACCAUGGCUAUUGGUUGGUCGGCACCUUUUGCAUUUUAUUUCUUUGGGCCUAAGCUCCGUGCCUUUUCCAGGUACGCUGCUGGUUAA